GGCUUACUUUGGUCGUCGGAACGCCCAUAGAGGCACGACAUUUUAAAUUUGAUAAUCUAAUUGGGCGUUUAUGAAAAACUGAGAUUUCUCAGACAAUAUUUGCCUGGACGACGUGAUUUUUGUUGUAGAGCGGUAGAAUUGCAGAGCCUGAGGCUACAACAAGGUUAGCAGACCCGACCAUUAUACCAUAGGUCAGGUAGUAAAAGGUGCCUUGUUCCACUGAAUAUAUACUAUUCAAAGAACAUGUUUAUAAAGGUACCGUAUGGCAUAAGUUAUACAGUCAUGUAUGUGAGCUGGUUUUUCUUCGUUGUUUCCUUGUCUUUGGCCUCCAGUAGUAUUAUGGCAUGCAAAAAAGCUCAGAACAAGCCAGAGUGGGAAAAUCUAAUGUUGGCCCAGCUAUGGCCUCCCACGUUUUGUAUGUCUCAAAAGGAUCUACAUAGCAGAGCAUGCAAUCCAGCAAACUUGACCAAGUGGAUUAUCCAUGGACUUUGGCCUAUAAAAGACAUACCUGGUCAUGUUACCGACUGCCUUCCACAACAGACGUUUGAUUCAGCAAAAAUCAAGGAUAUUGAAAAGGACCUGAAUAGAACCUGGCCAUGUUUAGUUACUAGUCUGCCGUAUACUUGGAUUUGGCAACAUGAAUGGUGUGAACACGGAUCAUGUGCGCAAGUCAGCCCUGAACUUCAAGGAGAGGCGAAAUAUUUCAGAAAAACGAUUGACUUACAUAAUAAUUUUAGUAUCGAUAUGGCUUUAAAAUCAGCAUCCAUCAUACCCGGGAAUGACUAUUAUUUGUCUAAUAUUACUAACGCCAUCUACGACACUUUCAAAGUGUAUCCUGAUGUGAUGUGCACGUCUGUACAGGGCAAACGAUUCCUCAGCGAAAUUAGGAUUUGUUUCGAGAAAGAUUUUACGUUGAGGAAGAGAUGUUACUCGUCUAACCAAAUGACGUUUGAGAAUGACUUCAAUUGCAGUACAAAGUAUCCAAUUAAUUAUCCAAAAUGAAUGAUGCUUAACCUACGGCUCAUCAAGGUUGACUUACUGGUAGGCCAACAAAAGAGGGGAAAAUUAAGGUUUUUAAAGAAGCUCACUACAUUCCUCCUCGUCUCAUGUUUGAGCAAAAUAUAUUGUUCACAUAGGAAUGAAUGUUAAUAGUUUUUGUGAGAGCUACUUCAAGCUCUUAUUAGAAUAUGCUUAAUUAUUUAGAAUAAAGAAAUAAAAUGUUAUUUAUAUGAAUCUAUAUAUUAUUUUAAGUAUUUCCAGCCAUAUACAAUAUUUUUUUUUAGAAGAGAGAAGCUUUACAUUAGUUUUUUAACAUAAAAUGAAAAAUAAAAAUGUGUUUAAUUUUUGUUUUCUUUUUAAAUUUUCAUUAAUUAUUUAAUUUACUGGGUGGCUCUCAUGCUUGCGACCUCUUGUCUUAAUGUCUCCCUACAGUCUUACAAUUUCAAUUUUCUUUUAUCCUUUUAUUUUAAACAUUAUGAUAUAUUAUUUUGUCAACCGAUUCUACCUCAUAGAUCAUCAUUCAUGAUACUGUCACCAAACCUGAAAAGGGGAUUCUGAUCAGAUGAUUGGUGACUGGUGCUGUCACCAGUAUAGAAGUGUAUCAGCAUUUUAUUUGUCACCGAAACUGAUCAUUUAGGUAGAAUCGGCUGAUUUUGUUGGAUUGAAUAAAUUGAUUUGUGAUUUGUGAAAUGAUAGCAUGCCCAAAUGUCGGCGUGUGUUGGGAUAACAUGUAACCAAAAUAUAUGAGCUACUACUGAAAAAUAAAUUUAUUUCAAUAUAUAUUAA